AUGCGGGAGAUUCGCGCGAGGAAACCGCCGGUGAAGUAUGAACCGACGAUGAACCGACUUCAGGGUGGAGAUUUUGUGGCGAGAACGCGGCCGAGGACGCAGGAGGAGGAAGCGCGGGCAGAGGCGUCGACGUCGACGAUGUCGAGGAGCGGGUCGAGGUCUUCGAAUGCGGAGAAUGACGGUGGGCGUUACGUUAACGGCGCGACGGGGGCGAAACGUAUGAAGAUUGAGUCGGGUUUGGGAUUCAAGGCGUCGGCGUCGACGCAGCAAAGAAGCGUAGGGAAAUCGUCCAACGCUGGCUCGCACGCGAGCGGCGGUAAAAAGUUGAGCCCGGCGACGAUGAAAUCCCCCAACGCGGCGAGGGACGCGACGACGCCGAGGCAACGUCCGACGAACAACCAACUUUUAUAUCGUAUCAAUUUUCAUUGGGAACACUACGAGCACGCUAUUCCGGCGAUUGUUAAAAAGCAGUUGCCAAAGAUGACAGAGGCGUGUCCAUCGGUGACGAGCGCUUUUCUGCAGACGCUCCGCGCUUUGGAUAUGGCUGAAAGCCAACGUACGGAUGGUGCUCGUAACAUUCUGCAAUUACUCAGCGUCAACACUCGCCGUACCAAGGUUGUGGCGCUGAACUCGGGUACGCACAGAGUGCCAGAAGAACUUAGGCGUCAUCAGUUGUCCGACGCGGAAGGCAACGAGUACUCAACAAACCUCGACAGGAACAGGUAUGGCAACGACGAUAACUAUUUGUGGACUGUCACUCGAUUCAACCUACAAGCGCUCGAGCUUUGCCCACUGCUCGCCCAGGUGCAGAUCAUCGGUACCAAGGGCAACUGCGACGACGUUCUUCUCACCGCGGACAAGCUUGAAUGCGGGUGCGGAAGCAACCGCAAGGGGUUGUCCAACCACUGGACGGUCCCAGCUUUCGUGCUACCGUCGCAGAUGUCGACGGCGAUUCCCAAGUCCACGCUUGCCGCGAAAGAUCGAAGCCGGAAGAAGGCCCGUCAGUCGCUGUCGAGUGUACACGGAGAAAUGACGCCCGAGCACACGUCGGACGACGACCAGCACGCCGGCAUGGGUGUUCUCCUCGACGCCCUCACUUCGGUUGGUGGUAUUCCCAUGUCGCCGGUGAAGCCUUCGCGAAUGACGACCAAGCCUCAAGCGCCAGUGAUGUCUCCUUCUCGACCAAUUCGAGGGAUUCGUCAAGUCGAGCUCGAUCUCGGGGCAAUUAAUGAGGACACGGCGCUCGCGCAGGAACAAAUCGCGCAAGCAACUCGCGAGAGUAUUGAUCAGAUUCCGGAUGGUUCCCUACGAGACGAGCUUCACGGUGCCAUCACAAGAUCGUGCGAACUGCACAUGACGGCUGCGGCGGCACAACUUUGUCAGCACAAGGCUGAGAGAGAGGCAGCGGAAUACAAAGUGUUAGUCGGCCGACUCGAGCAACUGUUGAGCAACUCUGAGACGGCGAUGCAUCAGCUGCAAAUUCAAAUGGCAAAGAUGAAGGGCGAGGGUACGUCGCACGGCACGGAAAACGAUCGCGUCAUUCAAGGGAGCGCGAUUUUGGCGCAUAAACUCAUCGGGAUGCAACAAAGUCUGUCGUCGCUGACGUCGCGUUUCGAUUUGAUGUGCGACCAAUCAGCACCACGCUCGGUGAUUGAAGAAUUACUUCGCAGUGAAAUGGCUGCUCAUUUGGUGACCAACAAGGCUUUACUCCGCGCCGAGACGAGUCUCGCUGCUUAUGCUGCCGCCGAGGCGACGUGUGACGAAGAGAUUUGGCGAACUCAGUAUGUGAAGACAGCUCAGCGUAAUUUAGAAAAAGCAGCGUACGCUGCGAACGCUUCAAUCGUCAUGCCGACCGAGGCACCUAUCGCGGAGAUGGUACCACCGGCUCCAGUCGUCAAGGCGGCUCCUGCGCCCGCUUUCAUGCACUCCGAAGGAAACGUCAAGUACGGCGCCACCGUGCAAACACCGAAGCGUCAAGGAACAGCACCGCGUGGAAUCAAAUCUAUCGCCAUUAUGGCCGAUGCCGUGGCGAGUGGGAACAUCGACGCUUCUCAUUUACCACCGGAAACUCCUCUGGGCGCGGUGAAGCCGAUGCGUCACGCGUUCAUCUCUCCGCCGUAA